AUGGCUGUCCGGCAUUCUGUGAACUUCCCGACCUUCCUUCGCCGAGUCCGCGCCAAUGCUGUGCAACAGUCUGGCCUGCUGUCGCGACGAACCUUUUCCACGCCCCCGAACCCCUCGCAGGCGCCGCGGCCAGCUCAAGCAAGCCCUAAAGAUUCCCGAUCCCGUAUACAUCGGUUCAAUGACCGCCUGCCACGAUUCCUCCGCAACUAUACAAAACCGCUAUUAGGAGCUCCGGUGACGCACGUUACGUCUUUCUUGAUCUUGCACGAAAUCACAGCGGUGCUGCCGCUUUUCGGGCUAGUCGCUGCGUUUCACUCUGGCGCAUGGAUGCCAGACCUUAGCUCGGAGUCCGGGGAAAGCAAUGCCUUUGACGAGGGAGCGAAGCGGUUUGGGCGCUGGUUGAGGAAAAAGGGCUGGGUUGAGGAAUCCGACAUCAAUACCGUCGCAGAGCACGAAUUUACUGGAGUCGGGCAAGCCCAACAGAAAGAGCAAGCAGGCGUGCGGCUGGUGUUGGAAUUCGCGACAGCCUAUGCGAUUACGAAAGCUCUACUGCCUGUCCGUAUAGCAGCCAGUGUCUGGGCCACGCCGUGGUUCGCACGGGCGAUCUUGGCGCCGACGACUAAUGCCGCUAGGAGGCUGUUCGGCAGAAGCUGA